AUGUCAACCACCACUUCUUCAUCUGACUGGGAGCUUGCUUCCAACGGCAACUAUUGGACUUUUGUUCGCUCUUUAGAAAAGUCAGACAAUGAUGAUCGUUCUUACCGUCUCAUCAAACUUGCUUCUAAUGAUCUCCAAGUACUCUUAGUACACGACAAAGACACAGACAAGUCAAGUGCUGCUUUGGAUGUUCAUGUUGGUCAUAUUAGUGACCCUGCUGAUUUACAAGGUCUUGCUCAUUUUUGUGAGCAUUUAUUGUUUAUGGGAACAGAAAAGUAUCCUAAAGAAAACGACUACAGUCAGUAUCUGUCCGAACACUCGGGCUUCUCAAAUGCCUUUACGGGUGUGGAAGACACCAAUUAUUAUUUUGAAGUAGGACAAGAGUACUUGGAAGGCGCUUUGGAUAGAUUUGCUCAGUUCUUUAUCAGUCCUUUAUUCUCAGAUAGUUGUACAGAACGAGAGCUAAAGGCCGUUGAUUCAGAACACAAAAAGAACCGACAACAGGAUAGUUGGCGCAUGUUCCAACUUGAAAAAUCACUCAGUAACCCAGAUCACCCUUAUUGUCAUUUUGGCACAGGUAAUCUCGAGACAUUGUAUGAAAACCCCAAAAAGAAUGGUCAAGAUAUUCGAGAGGAAUUACUUAAAUUUCAUGAUCAUUAUUACUCUGCUAAUAUCAUGAAACUUUGUAUUCUUGGAAGAGAAUCUCUUGAUCAGUUAACAGCAUGGGCAGUUGAAAAAUUCCAAAAUGUACGCAACAAAAACAUUAAUCCCCCUAGUUUCUCUGGUCAUCCUCUUACAAAAAAUGAACUCAUGAAACAAAUCUUUGUUAAGCCUGUCAAAGAUGUUCGUUCUUUGGAAAUGACUUUUCCUUUCCCUGACCAAAGACCAUUGUAUGCUGUUCAGCCUGGUCGAUACCUUUCUCGUUUGAUUGGUCAUGAGGGUCGUGGUUCGAUUCUGUCCUUACUCAAGAAGAAUGGUUGGGCAAAUUACCUUCAAGUAGGCACCAUUCAUGGUGGUAUUGGAUUUGAGUUCAUGCGUAUCAGUGUUGAUCUUACUGAACAAGGCUUAACUCAUUAUCGGGAUGUGAUCUUGACUAUCUUUAAAUACCUUGAUCUCUUAAAAAGAGAAGGUGUUCAAGCACGUCUAUUUGAAGAAGUCCAAUCCUUGGCUUCAUUAGCAUUUCGGUUCAAGGAAAAGUACCCUCCUUCUCAAUACACCUCUCGUUUGGCUGGAUUGAUGCAACAUGGCUACCCUCCUCACUUUGUCCUCAGUGGUCCUGGUCUGAUCCGUGAAUACAACCCUGAUUUGAUCAAAGAGAAUCUUGAAUGGCUACGUCCAGACAAUUUCCGUAUCAUGUUAGCUAGUCAAACACCUCCUCAGGGUAUUGAAUACACGCAGCGUGAAAUGUGGUAUGGCACCGAAUACAAUGUAGUUGAUUUUGAUAGUGCAUUAGUCGAGUCUCUAAAGCACCUUGACCAUGACCCCUUGCUAGCUUUGCCUGACACUAAUGCAUUUAUUCCUACUCAGUUUGAGACGUUCAAGACACACGUCGAUACGCCUGCUAAGCGACCUGAACUGAUUGAAAACACACCCAUGAUGCGCUUAUGGCACAAGAAGGACGAUACGUUCUGGGUUCCCCGCGCUAAUGUAUGGAUCUUGUUUCGCUCUCCUUUGGCUUAUGCAACACCUAUCAACUGUGUCAAGACGCGAUUGUACACAGACUUACUUAAAGAUUCACUCAACGAAUACGCUUAUGAUGCUGAAGUAGCAGGCCUAUGCUACAACAUUGAAAAUCAACUGGAAGGCAUGUUGCUUGCCAUGGGAGGCUACAAUGAUAAAUUGCCCGUCUUGCUUGAAAAAGUCGUUCAAAAGAUGCGUGAUUUCCAAGUCGAUCCUGAACGAUUCAAGCUAUUAAAAGACCAGUUGCGUCGAUCUUACAAGAACUUCUCACUUGAACCACCUUAUCAACAUGCGCUUUACUACCUCUCUUAUCUCACACAGGACAAGAUGUGGACCAACGCUGAGAAACUACAAGAACUCGAUCAUGUGACAGCUGAAGACAUUCAGUCGUUCUAUCCUGACCUACUUUCUCAUUUGCAUAUGGAAGCACUUGUGCAUGGUAACUUGUUUAAGGAAGAUGCUCAAAAGAUGCUGAUGCAUGUCAUGGACACACUCAAGCCAAAAGCGCUCUUGCCUAGCCAACUUGUCAGUCAUCAUAGCUUGAUGUUGCCCAAGGGGUCCAAAUGGGUCUAUCGACGUGACGUAGAAGACCCCAACAAUGUCAAUUCGGGCAUUGAGUAUUUGAUUCAAGUAGGCAAUGUGACUCAGACCACAUUGCGUGCUAAACUCAGUCUGUUGGCCCAGAUUGCUCAAGAACCUUGUUUUGAUCAGUUGCGUACCAAGGAACAAUUGGGCUAUUUGGUCUUUAGUGGUGUCCGCAAACAAACAGGGUCCAUGGGCUUGCGUUUUAUCUUGCAAAGUGAACGCGACACUAUCUACUUGGAAAACCGCAUUGAAGAAUUCUUGAUGAAGCUUAAAACGAUCAUUGAAAACAUGACACCUGCAGAAUACAAGGCUCAGGUACAAUCCUUGAUUGCCAAAAAGCUUGAAAAAGACAAGAACUUGGGUCAAGAAGGAAGUAAAUACUGGACACAUAUUCAUUCAGGUUAUUAUGAGUUUGAUCAAGUAGAGACAGAUAUCAAAGAAUUGCGCUUGAUUGAGAAGCAAGACUUGUUGGAUUUCAUGUCUGAAUACAUUGAUCCUCAAUCCCCUCAUGCUCGCAAACUAUCUGUGCAUAUUCAGUCCCAAAAGACAGCCACGCAACCCAAGUUCAAGGUCGAUAUUGACUCAUUGCACACCUGCUUAGUGUCUCAAGGUGUCACUCGACUUAGUAUUGACGAUGUUCGCUCUGCUGUAGAAAAGGGAGAUGCUGGCGAAGCCAGUAUUGAAGCCAAUUUGCGUGAUUUGUUGGCUGAUGAAAGCAAGGCAGAUGAGACUGAAAUUGAGUCCUUGAUGGCUAAAUUGAUGAUUGCCAUGCGUGAAUCAGAUACCGGCGACGGAUCAUUUGUGACGGUCGAUAACCAAAAGACGGCCCGCCGAUUAUCCAUGGUCAAUGGCCAGGCACCUGAAGUCUCUACCUCCGCCAGCACAUCCACUAGAGAUCAUACUCAGCUUCCUCAAGGGAACCGCAUGAUUGACAAUGUGAUUGAAUUUAAGAAUAGUGUAGAAUUAAGCCCUGCUGCCGUUCCUUUAAUCCAAUUCUAA